CGCAGACCCGCGGCGACAACUUGCGAUUGCGACACCAGACUGAGGCAUUGAGCCUGCUGAUUACCGGAUAUACCGACGCACGAUAAGGGACUAUAUACCAAUACAGCGACCAUGUCCGGCAUUCCCCCCUCCCCGCGCUUCUUCCAGCAGCCGCUGCGUUACAUGAAAUGGGCCUCUAUCAACAAGCCGGCAUACUUCUACUCCAUCAUGGUCGGAUGCGCAGGUCCCAUAAUGGUCGUUACUGUUCCCCCGAUUCGGAGAUAUAUGGGCGAGGAGCAGAUCCCCAAGAUCCCCAUGACAUACCCAGGUACGUGGCGGAUGGCGGAAAAUAGUUGCUAGGCAACUGGGUGGAUCGCAGAGGGGGAGAUGUGGUGUUAGAGGAUGUUUUGCUGACUUGGCACAGUACCAAAGGGACCACGGCCG